AUGAUGGCAUGCUGCAUGUUCUUCUGGCCCAUGUCUCUCCUCACCUGGUCUUCUGCGCAAGAUGCUCGGGCUCAAAAUUGGCCCAGCACGAAGCAAGAGGUGCGUUUCGUCGCAAUGACUGCACAAGCCGAAGUGCCUAUUGCUAGCCGAGACCGGCUUUUCGAAAUUGUGCGAGACGGCGAGUACGCAGAAGACAAGAAAGUCAUAUCAACAGCAGAUAUGUCAUGGCGCCACACGGAUCUGCAGCAAAAUUGUUUUUUUUAUCGCGACACGACGCCGUCGAGGCUCAGAACUCUUGGCAAAGCAAUGCGCAGCAAGGGGCGUGAAUUUAGAGGAGGAGGAUGUCUAUGGACAGACACCUCUUUUCUGGGCCGCAUCGCGUGGCAACAUGGCAGUUGUGAAAUUUCUGCUUGGCUUUGGAUUUGA